AGUUGAUACAGCACCCAGCUAGCUGCUAUUAAUAUCGGUCGUGUUCUGGUUUACGAUAGUGAUGGGAAUCGUAACAGCUUUGUGCUAAUAAUGCAUAAUAUGCAUUUGAAUACACAUUUUGGCUUACAGAUUUAUAUUUUGUCUCCUGUUGUGUAAUAUGUUCUAUACCUCAAAGUUACUGUGAUGGAUGUAGCUCAACAAAUCACGUACAAUUCAGACUUAGCGCAAGCUCCUAACCGAGCUGGAUCUAUUGCCUCUGCAGUAUAUAAUGAAGAAAUAUCGGAAGAGGAAAAGGCUUUGGAUGCAGAAAUACUGAAUCUUAAAACUUCAAUUACUGAUGCACAGAAAGCUGUUGCAGAUACAGACUUUUACAAAAUGACUGAGAACGUACCUGAACUUGGUAGAAUUAAGUUCAAAGUACGUAAACAUUUACGAGGUCAUCUAGCUAAAGUGACGUCUAUCCAAUGGGCUUCUGACAACCAGUUACUAUUGUCCGCUUCUCAGGAUGGAAAAUUAAUCGUUUGGGAUACAUUUUCUGGAAAGAAAAUUCAUAUGAUUGCUUUGAAGACAGCUUGGGUCAUUGGAUGUGCAUUUUCCCCUUCUAUGAACUUUGUUGCUAGUGGUGGAUUAGAUAAUGUCAUAUCUUAUUUCAAUUUAAAGUCUCAGGACGGCACUGCAGAGUUUGUCCGCGAGUUUACUGGUCAUAAUGGUUACAUCGCAUGUGUUCGAUUCAUUGAUGAUAAUCGAUUACUGAGUUGUUCUGGUGAUAAAACUUGUGCACUGUGGGAUAUCGAAAAGUCUAAAAUCACUACAAGUUUUCGUGGACACUCAAAUGAUGUUAACGCCAUUGCCGUUUCGAAGCAGAUGCCAAAUUUGUUUGUUUCUGCAUCUUCAGACCGCACUUGUCGGUUGUGGGAUCUUCGGUGCGGCGAAGGUAUGCAGUACUUCGAAGGACACCAGCAAGAUGUUAAUGGUGUUGACUUUUUCCCCGUCAAUUCUUAUGCUUUCGCCUCCUCUUCCGACGAUGGCUCGUGUCAUUUGUGGGAUCUACGAGCUGAUCAGGCAAUUGGUGUCUAUAUUGAUGACUUCAUUAACUGUGGUAGUAGUAGUGUGGCAAUUUCAAAGUCGGGUCGUCUGUUACUUGCUGGAUACGAUGACUUCAACUGUCACGUCUGGGAUCUACUACGAGAAGAACGUGUUGGAAUCAUGUCUGCCCACGAAAACCGAGUCUCUUGUGUAACAGUAUCUGAUAGUGGCAUAGGUGUUGCAACUGGGUCAUGGGAUUCCAAUUGUCUCAUAUGGACUGCGAAAUAGAAAAACGGCACUUUAAAUUGAUGAAAUAUCCUCCGAAGAUCUGCAUUGUUCGCACGAUCAAUCUGUCGUCAGUAUUGCUAAUUGUCUGCAUAUUUCAACGUUUUGAUUGACGUUCAUUCGAGACUCUUGUCGGUGUAACGCAUUCUUCUAAACAUCGUGCUUGGACUUCCAAUCGACCGACUUUCUCCAAGACGUCCUUACAACGUCUGUUUUAGCAGUAGUGUGUGAAGUAGUUUGUCCAAUUUUCAUUUUCAAUAACUAGAGUUGCGUCACAGCUGGUGCGUUAGUAAGUCAAGGAAGUACGGUAUAAUUAUGGAAAACUUGAUUGGUUUUCGUUAAGUCCAAAGAAGUUAAUUACAUUCUUGAUUAUGGAUUAGAUAAUAUUAUUACUUCAAUGACAGUACUCCGUAAUUAGAUUGACAUGCACCCAUACUACUUGUAAAUGAUUAUCAUCGGGAUUCUGUACGUCACCUUAUUUGCAUAAACCGAAACCAAUUUAGUUUAUUUUAUCUGAAUGUAAACAGGGACUAGCAUAUCAUAUCGUAGGAACAAUGAGAUUCGAUUACAACAAGCCGUAUUGUGUUUCGUGAUGUUCAGCUUGGUUACUCUACCUUUAAUGUCAUCAUUUGUUAGUAGGCGUUCUCAAGUUGUUUAAAUGAUGACUGUGUCUGUUGCAGGAUUGGUACGUAAACCUCAUUGUUAUCUUCAAAUGGGUCAUACCAGUACUUUUCUAGGUUAGGUCUGUUUUUCCCUAUAUACAAGUUUUAUAUUUGUAACGGCUCAAUCGUUUACAAGGGAAACUAGUAUACUCCUCUUAUUUGGGUUGUAAACUAUCUGUUUUUGUUGGUACUCCUAAUGAUCGAAAACAAACAGCCACAAUUUCUUUGUUACAUCGUUUGGAGCCUACUAUAAGAGAAAGCUUUUCAGUGGCUUUUAUACUACAUUUUGUUUAAUCUAAGACUAUCGCUAAAAAUUAACUAGUUGUACAUAUUUGCUUUCUCACUGUUUCGGAAUUAAGUUUUAAAAAAUAGACGGGACAGUUCGGUAUGAAAUUGACAACACAGGUUGUAUUACAGUGUGAUUGGUGCUGAAGUUGCAAAUUCGAUUUUCCUGUGGCAGAUCAGUGGUAACUAGUUGCUUAAGGGUCUAUGCAUCUACUCGUAACUUGAUACAUGUAAAAAAGCAUAAACAAGAUUUUCUAUGUAAUUACUGUUGUACAAACGUAAUUUUUAAAAAUAAUGAUUAAGUCAUUUAGUC